AUGAGUAAAGAGAAUCAUAUUCAAAAUAAUCUUGCUAAAAUGCUCUACUUGUUCAAUGAACUUUGUGAGCAAGAAUUCAUUCUUAGAGAGGAGGCAUAAUUAAUGAAAAGAACGCUGUUCACUGAUGAGCAGAAGAUUAUGCCGGCUCUCAAAUCUUAUGAGAAGUCUUAGAAUCUCAUAGACUUUAGAGACCGUAUGAGAGGUUACUUAGGACUCCCCAGAAGAAGAAGUUCUAUCAACAAAUCUCAUGCUAGUAAUUAAUCGUAUAGAAAGAGCUCACACUAGAUAGAGUCAAGAAAGGAUUCAAUGGGAUCAAGUUAUUUCAAUAUAGAACCAUUUUCAAGCGUUAAAUUUGCUCUAGAGCCGAUUGAGUCAGGAUGCGACUCAUCUGAGAAAGUCGGAGAUCAGUUCUCUAAUACUGAGUCACAAGCUACUCUGUAAUAGCAAAAAAUUCUAUCCCAAAAUCGUCAAAUUUAUAUUCCAAGAAAAAUGACGGAAUCCAGUAUUAAGAGAAGCAGUGUCAUUAAACCACUUUCUACCAAUGAAGAGAAUAGUGAGACAACUAGAGAUAUGAGUGUUUAUCUUAAUACCCAAAUAAAUAAUUUAUGCAGAAUAUCCAAAAUUGAGAUUAAGUAUUCACCCAUUAUCACCUUUCUAAGAAAAAAGUGA